UUAUAUAUUGACCGACCUAGCUUUACAGAAAUUUCUUAGAUUCUUCAGUUCAACUUUCGUCGAUCAUUCAAUCGUUUUCUCUUCGAAUCUCACGAGCAAAAGCAGACAAAGAACUAGUGUCUGAAAACGAGUAAGGAAUCCUAAAUCCUUCUGUAUAUAUGUGUAUAUAUACACAUUCUAUUUCAUAUCAAUGGAAUUUCAGCUUUAAUAUAUCAUCUGUUUGCGUUAAUUUCACACAGACUUACGCUAGCUUGAUUGAAUUGCAUUUGUGCUGUUUCAAAAGGAUAUUUGACCGAAACUCGAAGGGGCAGUAAUAAUGGGGUAUCUUGAUUCGGUUGUAUCAUGGGUCAACCCAAAUGGUACCGGUGUUUCUCCAGUUACAGGAGGUGGUCUGAGUAAAGAUUCAAGAUUUAGCUACGGUUACGCUAGCUCUGCUGGGAGAAGAUCAUCAAUGGAGGAUUUUUACGAGACAAGAAUCGACGGUGUGGAUGGGGAAUUGGUUGGUCUCUUUGGAGUUUUUGAUGGGCAUGGUGGCGUUCGGGCUGCAGAAUACGUUAAACACAAUCUUUUUAGUAAUCUUAUUAAACACCCAAAAUUCAUUUCAGAUACCAAAUCCGCCAUAUCUGAAUCGUACAGUUACACUGACUCAGAGUUUAUAAAAUCAGAAAAGAAUCAAAUGAAAGACGUAGGGUCAACCGCUUCCACUGCCAUCCUUGUCGGUAACCGUUUGCUAGUUGCGAACGUUGGUGACUCCAGAGCUGUGAUUUGCAGAGACGGCAAUGCGAUUGCUGUUUCUAGAGAUCACAAGCCGGAUCAAUCUGAUGAACGACGACGGAUUGAAGAUGCUGGUGGUUUUGUGAUGUGGGCGGGAACUUGGAGAGUUGGUGGCGUUCUUGCUGUUUCGCGUGCUUUUGGUGAUAAAUUGUUGAAACAGUUUGUUGUUGCUGAUCCGGAAAUUCAAGAAGAAGUGAUUGAUGGAUCUUUAGAGUUUCUUAUUCUUGCAAGCGAUGGACUUUGGGAUGUUGUGAGCAAUGAGGAAGCUGUCGCAAUGGUGAAACCGAUUCAGAGCCCAGAAGAUGCUGCAAAGACAUUGAUGCAGGAAGCUUCUGAGAGAGGUAGUGCGGAUAAUAUUACAGUAGUAGUCGUGCGCUUCUUGAGGACGACUUGUUAACUUGGUUAGUAUAAUGUAUUCAUGUAUUGUUUUAUUAUUUAUACCAAUGUAAUAUAAAGGUGUGAUACAUACUUGCAUCAUGUGCUUUUGAUCUAUGUAUUUGAUCAUGGAUCUUUUACAUACAGAUUACUUUUAUGGUAUUUUUACUUGUAAUUUAACUAUAUAAUGAAAUGUUUCUUGAAUAUGGAUUAAGAUGUUU